AUGACAGAUUUCAGUGAAGCUAUUGGUCUUUCUUCAGACAUUCUAAUUCCAGAGCAUGAAGAAUUAUUUAAGAAAUAUUUUGAAGAUUUACCUGAAUCUUAUGAAGAUUAUCAUCGUUACCAACAAUUUUUCACUCGUUUAUAUGGAUAUAAAGAGAAAAGUUUUUUACUAGAUCCAAUACUACCAAAAUGGGUUUCAAUAAUUUUAAGCCAUAUAAAAAUUCCUACAAAUAAAGAAAAUAUUGAUAUAGAUAAUAAAUCAUUGGUAGCUCUUUACAAUUUAUCACUAUUAAUUGAUAUGUGUUCUUACAAAAAUGUAACAAAAUAUUUACCUCAUGAGGUAAUCUAUUUGGAUAAAAUUCUUUGUUUUAUUGAAAUUUUAAGUACAAUGGAUUUACGUGGAUUUGACAAGUAUGAACGUUUAGCCAAAUCAUUAGUAAACCGAUCACUAUUUGCAUGGUUGUAUAUUGUUGCAAAAAAUCCAUUUUCUCUUGACAGAUUUGAUUCUAUUCAAUCCAAAGAAACAAUAGCUAAUCGGAUUCUUGAAGUUUGUUCAAUGAAUAUGUGUUGUGAUUCUAUUUGUUCUAAAAUUAUUAAUAAAAUAUGGUCUCAAUUAGUUACAAGAGUUGAUCAAAUUGAAACAAGAAUGAGAAAAACAAUAUAUUUUUGUUUAGAUAAAAUAUCUAUGUAUUUUAAUGAUUCAUAUAAUAUAAAUGAAAUUAAUGGAUACUUAGGAUUAUUAGCUGGUAUUUUUAAAGAAGGGCCAAGAGUAGAAUUAUCAAGUAUUGGUGUAGAAGUUAUUGAUAUGUUAGGAACAUUAAUGGAUUUAGAAAUUCGAGAAGACAAUAGUUUAACAAAAGUUUAUAUAACAAAAUUAGUUCAAAGAAUUGGGUUAUCAUUUUUAAAACCUAGAAAGAUAAAAUGGAGAUAUUGUAGGGGUUAUAGAAGUUUAGAAAAUACUUUAAAAUGUCGAGAAAAUAAUGAAACUAUUACUAAUGAAAAUAAAUUUGAUAAUGAUGAAGACGAUGAAGAUAAUUCUUUGGAUUGUACAGAUGAACAAAUUGAAAAAUUAGAAGCAAUACUGGCAACAUUACUUAAUGGAUUAAGAGAUCCCAAUUCAAAUGUUAGAAAUGGUGCAGCUAAAGGACUUGGUCGUAUAACAUCACGUUUAACAAAAGAUUUUGCCGAAGAUAUUGUUAAUGGAAUUUUUGAAGGAUGUUUUAAAGAUUAUGAUACUGUUUCUUGGCAUGGGGGAUGUUUAGCAUUAGCUGAAAUGACAUACAGGGGGUUUUUAUUACCAGAAAGAUUAGGUGAUAUGGUUGAUAUUUUAGAAAAAGCAAUUAUAUGGGAAGAAGCUGAUGGUAUUAUUAAACAAAGUGAAGCUGUUCGUGAUGCGGCAACAUUUAUUUCCUGGGCUAUUGCAAGAACAUAUUCACCAAAUCUUUUGAAACCUUAUGUUCAACGUUUAGCUACUCAUCUUGUUACAGUAUCUCUUUUUGAUAAAGAGUUAAAUAUUCGUCGUGCAGCAAGUGCAGCUUUUCAAGAAAAUGUUGGAAGGCAAGGAUACUUUCCUAGUGGGAUUGAUAUUAUUCAUAUAAUUGACUAUUCAUCUAUCUCACGUCUUUCAGUUUGUUACAAUGAUUUAUGUAUUAAAGUAGCUAAAUUUGAAGGGUAUCUCAUACCUAUGCUUAAUCAUUUAGUUGAUUAUAAAGUUGGACAUCAAUUAAUGAAGAUGAAUGAGCGUGCCUGUGAAGGUUUAUAUCAUUUAGUUAAACUUGAUGUUAACUAUUCAAAAGUUGUUAUCUUGGAUAAACUUUUAAAGAAAUGUGAUACUAUUAAUUGUUGUUUACAAUACAAAAUAUUAAAAAGUAUUGAAAGUGUUGUUAGAUCAUUGUUAGAAGAGAAUUCUUUUGAUAUAACAAAUAAAGAUAUUUCAUUUACACGUGAAAAAGUUCUUGAAAUGAAUAAAAAAUUAUCAAAAGAGGCUGACACAACAUCUAGAAAUAAAAGAUCUACUUUUGCUAAGUUAUCGUUAUGUUAUUUUAUUAAAAUUUGCUGUGAAUGUGGAAUGCCUUUGUCAGAGGAAAUUUAUUUUAAAUGGCUUAACUUGUUAGAAAAUUUUACAGAAGAAAAUAAUAUUGAAUUAAGGGAUGCUGCUUCAAUAGCUAGUAAAUAUUUAAUGAAAAUAAUAUCUCAAAUUUCUGUAGAAGAAAUUCAUAAAAAAAUUCAAGAAAAAUAUUUAUAUUAUAUUAAAGUAAAUAAAUUUGAUUUAACUCUCAAUAUGGCUGUUCUUAUGAUCUCAUCAUUACCAAAUAAUUUUCUAACAGAAGAUAUUGCAAAUGAAUUGAUUACAUUUAUUCAAGACAAAACACGUCUUCAUUUAAUGGAUCCAAGAGUUUAUGCUUUAGAUUGUUUAAAAGAACGAUUUAUUAACUCCGAACUUUUAAAAAUACUUUCUUUUACUAAAAUAGUAGAUUGCCUUAAUUUUUGUAUUAAUGACUUUACUUGUGAUCCAGCUAAAGGAGAUGUAGCACGUUUUAUUAGAGAAAAAGCUAUCAAAACAAUAAUUUGUUUUCUUAAUCAACCAAUCAUAAAUAAUCAAAUAUCAUCUGACAUCGUAUGUAAUAUUAUUGGAAAUAUUUUAAUACAAGUUUGUGGUAAAAAUAUUAACUUGAGAAAAGUUGCAGCUCAGGCUAUUCAUGACAUAUUAAUAAUUGAACCUCAAUUACCUAUUAAAGAUAUUGAUGUUUUAAAAAAAAUAUUUAUACUAAAAGAUAUAAAUAUUUGUGAAGGUUUUGUUUAUGCUAAUGUUUUUGAUGUUAUGUCACAAUUACUUGAUAAUAAUACAUAUGGUUGUUAUAUAAGAUAUGGAUUAGUUAUGAGUUCAGGAUAUCAUAAUGGAUGUGAAAAAGAAAAAAUAACUAAGAUUAUUGUUGAUUAUUUAGAAAAUUCAACUGUUGAAAAAAAAUUAAGUAUUAUAACUGAAUUAAAAAAUGAAAUAUUAAAAAAGAAUAUUUCCAGUAGAGUUAUAAAAAGUAUUCUUGAUUUCUUAGAUACAUACAUGGUUGAAUGUUUUGAAUUUCUUCAAGAAGAUUUAGAUUCAUUUAAAGAUAUUUGUGAAAUUUUUAAAUAUUGUAUCUUUUUAAUAAAUUUGAAACAAAAAUCUUUAACAUCAAAAUCUUCAACAUUGAAAGAGUACUCUGGAAAAGUUUUAUCUUUUACAAUUUUAUGCAAUGAAGAUAGUGUAAUAAGAAAAAAAUCUUUAAAGGCUUUAUGUAAAUUACUUGAAGGAACAAAUGAAGUAGCUUGUUUUGAAGUUGCCAAAAAAAUUACUGAAUAUCUAGUUAUUGUUGAUGAAAAUAUAAUAAAUGAAGAUGAAAAAGAAACAGCUAUAAAUUUACUCUCAAAUACUGUUUGGGAUGGAAAUUCAAGUGCAAUAAAAACAACAAUAGAAACAUUACGAAAUAUUUUUAAAAUAUCUUAA